CAGGCAUUGACUGUUGUUGUUAUGGUUGGCAACCGAACUUAACACUACCUUCGGACUGGAUUGCCGCGAGCUUCCGGGUAAUACCACAUUCAUCGCCGACCCCACACCAUGAGAUGCUGCGUCACCGUCAGUGCGGGAGGGGACACUAGGGCGGUGGUUCAUUGUUAGGAAAGGGGCUGUAAUCCUUGAGACCAUGCCGGCAGUAUAAACUUCCAUUUCAGUUGAAAGACAUCGAACCCGUCCCUGAUUUGGCUCUUGCUCACUGUUCCGAAACAGGCACUGGAUGAUCACCUAUGCUUCAAUGACCACCUAGUUGACGUCCGAACUCACAUAUAACGACUAGUACCGCCCAAAAACCUACCGCAGACCAUGACUUUCCUUCGUAAACUCCCCGCUCCCAAUCGAUCAUGCCUCUCCCCUCGGCUCAGCCUCAAGGUGUGGAACACCCCGGCACCACACCACCUCCGAACUAUCACCACCACCCGAGACCCGGAAGGGCAGACUCGAAACCGGGUAGCUAUCGUGACUGGUGCGGCCCGCGGCAUCGGCCGGGCCAUCGCCCAUCGACUCGCCAAAGACGGCUACAACAUCACGGUCUCAGACCUGCCCUCUCUCCAAUACCAGCUCAACUCCCUGGUCUCGGAGCUCACAUCUGCCGGUGACGGCAAAACCAAAGUUCACGCUCAACCCGCGGACGUCACAUCCCCCUCAGACGUCGCCUCCCUCAUCAACAGCUCCGCCUCAGUCCUGGGGUCGCUCGACACGAUGGUUGCCAACGCCGGCAUCGCCCAGGUCAAGCCCUUACUGGACCUGACCCCGGCCGACUUCAGCCGCAUGUUCGACGUCAACGUCGCCGGCGUGCAAAACUGCUUCCAAGCAGCGGCCAAGCAGAUGAUAACCCAGAAAAUUCCCGAAGCGAGCGAGAUCCGCGGCAAACUCAUCGCGGCGGCCAGCAUCGUGGCAUUCAAGCCGUUUGCGCUGCUCGGCCACUACAGCGCGAGCAAAUGGGCAGUGAGGGGCCUGUGUCAGGUGUACGCGAUGGAGCUGGCGCGGCACAAGAUCACGGUGAAUGCGUACGCGCCGGGAAUCGUGGACACCAAGAUGUGGGAGCUGAUUGAUGAAGGAUUGGCGGAGAGGGAAGGCAAGGAGAAGGGCGAGAUGAUUCGGAAGUACAGCGACCAGCUGAUUGCUCUGGGCAGGACAAGCGUUCCGGAGGACGUGGCGCGGUUGGUGUCGUUCCUGGGGAGCGAGGAUGCCGACUAUAUUACGGGCCAGACGUAUAUUGUGGAUGGCGGGAUUAUUUUCACCUGAACGAUGAGGGGGUCAGGUUGGUGUUAAGACCGAUCGAUUGUGAAUAGUUGUGCCCAAUGUAGUAUGUGGUCAUGAUCAUUCGAUCAUUCCAAUCUGAUCAAUGACUGUCACUGGC